AUGGAGGUUAAUAAAGAACUUAAACUGGAGCACUCAGAGAGAAUUGAUAGCUUACGUGAAGCUGCAUCAUUUCAAGGAAGUACAGGGAAGGAUGCCUCUACGAUACCAACAUGGGGAUUUGUUUACAAAUCUUCAAGCACCAUUCUUCCCUAUAAUAGUAAAGAUGAGGAUAAAGUAACUAGUCAAAGAAAAAGCUUUGAUAUCGAGACAGGUUUCAUUGUUAGCGAGGGAUCUUCCAAUGAGUCAUGUCAUUCUUUCCCACCUGCCUGCAGAGCCACUGUGUCAUCAGAAGAACUCCCAGAUGUCAAGCGACUGCAGGGUCCAAAUUGCAGGGAUAGUGAACUGGGCGGUCCAUCUCCUCCAGAUGACAGCGAUGAUUCAGGUUCUAGCAAGUGGAAGAAACUUCAAAUUGGACCUAGCUUACCAAUAUUUCUCAAGUUCCAGGAUGUCAAAUACAACGUUGAGACAAAGGGUGAGAAAACAUUCAAAAAACAGAAGCACAUACUUCAUGGAAUCACUGGUUCAGUACAGCCAGGAGAGGUUCUUGCUCUGAUGGGACCAUCAGGAAGCGGCAAGACAACUCUGCUCAAUCUUCUCAGCGGAAGGGUGAAACUUAACAGUGGAACCAUCACUUACAAUGAACAAAAAUAUAACAAGUCCCUAAAGAGGAGGUACGUUAAUUUGGCAUACACUGAAAUAAAAUAUAGUGAAAUGGUGCUGAAAGUUCAAUUCAAUAACAAAGUGGGUGAAACAGGAUUGGCUACGUGA